UGGCAUUUAAUAUUCUCUUCGGUUUCCCAGGUUAAAACUAGGAAGCAAUGUGAGCUAUUAAAGAAGCAAAAAAAAUUAUGAUACAUAGGAUGUUUGUUCGUUAACGAAGACGACUAUCGGCGACACCGGUAGGUCAAGUUUAACGAGAUAUUUAUGGAUGACGGGGUGAAGAGAUUCGACAGCUCUUUUAAAUUUUCUUAGCGAUGUCUAGUUGCUUGUCAGAAAUUGAAGAUGCAAAGCCACGGAAAAUGGAUCUGUCUCGCAACCGUGGCAUCUCAAUUACAGCAUCCAGUGAUGUUUGUAUUGGCGAAAAACCUCCCUACAAAAAUCCACAUCAUACUCAAAAGGCAUUUGAAGUUAUGAAUAUUUUAAGAAAGCAGAACCUUUUGUGCGAUGUCACAUUAAUUGCAGAUGGAGUUGAAAUUGCUGCACAUAAAAUGGUGUUAGCAUCAUGUAGUCCAUAUUUUUAUGCAAUGUUUACAAGUUUCACAGAAAGCAAAGCUGAGAAAAUUACUAUUCAGGGUGUUGAUGGCCAAGCAUUACAACUUUUAGUAGAUUAUGUAUAUUCAUCUGAAAUACAAGUUACAGAAGAAAAUGUUCAGGUACUUCUACCUGCUGCUCAUUUGUUGCAGUUAACUGAUGUGCGUGAUGCAUGUUGUGAGUUUUUACAAGGACAGCUACACCCUUCCAAUUGUCUUGGUAUUCGUGCAUUUGCAGACCUACAUGGUUGUUUAGAAUUGCUCAACUAUGCCGAAGCUUAUACCGAGCAGCAUUUUGUAGAAGUUGUAGAAAGUGAGGAGUUUUUAGCUUUAUCUCCAUCUCAAGUAUGCAAAUUAAUUUCCAGUGAUAAACUUGCUGUGCCAUCUGAAGAAAAGGUUUUUGAAGCUGUAAUGGCCUGGGUUAAUAAUGAUCUCCAAAAUCGACAAGACUAUCUUGCUCAAUUAAUGGAACAUGUCCGUUUACCAUUGCUUUCUCAAGAAUACCUUGUCCAGAGAGUUGAAGAAGAGCCACUUCUGAAAUCGAAUCACUUAUGCAAGGAUUUCUUAAUUGAAGCCAUGAAAUAUCAUCUACUUAAAGGAGAACAGAAGGUCAUGUAUAAAACACCUAGAACUAAGCCACGAACUCCCAUUGGUCGACCUAAGAUAUUAUUGGUUGCUGGUGGUCAAGCACCUAAAGCUAUUAGAAGUGUUGAAUGCUAUGAUUUCAAAGAAGAGAAGUGGUAUCAGCUAGCAGAACUUCCUACAAGAAGGUGCCGAGCUGGUCUUGCAGUUCUGAAUGGUUUUGUUUAUGCAGUUGGUGGAUUUAAUGGUUCUUUACGUGUAAGAACGGUUGAUGUUUAUGAUCCUGUAAGAGAUCAGUGGAGUCAAGCCCCAAGCAUGGAAGCUAGGCGAAGCACUUUAGGUGUAGCUGUUUUAAAUAAUUGUAUCUAUGCAGUGGGCGGUUUUGAUGGUUCGACUGGUCUUAACAGUGCUGAGUGUUUUGAUGUAAAGUCAGAAGAGUGGAGAACUAUUGCUCCAAUGAGUACAAGACGCAGUAGUGUUGGAGUUGGGGUGUUAAGCGGUUUAUUAUAUGCAGUGGGAGGUUAUGAUGGUGCAUCAAGACAAUGUUUAGGGACAGUUGAACAGUAUGACCCUGAAAAUGAUUCCUGGAUACCUGUCGCUGAAAUGUCAGCAAGGAGAAGUGGGGCUGGUGUGGGGGUUCUAGAUGGAUUACUGUAUGCUGUUGGUGGGCAUGAUGGACCUUUAGUGAGAAAAAGUGUAGAAUGCUACAAUCCAGAAUCCAAUUCUUGGACAUCAGUGGCAGACAUGAUGAUGUGCAGGCGAAAUGCUGGUGUUGUAGCAGUUGAAGGCAUGCUAUAUGUUGUGGGAGGGGAUGAUGGCUCAUCUAAUUUGUCAUCUGUUGAAGUGUACUGCCCCAAGUCUGACUCAUGGAGCAUGUUGUCUUCUUUUAUGACAAUUGGUCGCAGCUAUGCUGGUGUUGCCAUUGUUGACAAACCUCUGUAAAAGGCUGUGAUUGUGAAAUUAUCUCACUCUGCUCUUAUCUGUUAAUUAGUGUACAUAUGUUAAUAUGAAUGUUUAUAUUUAUUUUAAUUUGUGUUUUACUUUAUUUUCAAAAUGCAAAUGACUUCCUGUUGUAUAAACUUGAUAUGCAACGAAAAUUGUCAGCAACAAUUGCACUUUGGACUUGGAAAGAAAAACACAAAAACUAAAAAAAAUCUCUGAACGAGCAUAUACAUAAACAAAGCAAUCUUUUUAAUUGGUGUAAAAAUAUGAAAAAUACUAAAAUACUAUUUAGCUUAAUAAAAUGAAUAAAUAUAUUUUUAGUAAGCAUCAAGUGAUAUCUUGUUCACUACUUUAAAUGAUAAAUCUGAAAAAAGUUCUUGUGCAAUUUUAGAUAAAAAUUUGAUAAAUCAAAAAUAUUUUGAAAGUAAUACUUUUUAACAAAAAAUAAUCAAAAUGUUUUCAUUAUUUUGACUAAUUUUAAUGCAUCUGCAUAAAUUUUUAGUACUCAUACAAAAGCUUAAAAAUUUACAUGAUCUAUGUAUUAAAUUUCAUUCAGUUAUUCAAUUCAGUUAGGUUCAG